UGCGCUGCUGCUGUGCAGGGAUGCGAUGGAGCGCUGGUCCUGAUGUUCGAUGCUGUUCAGGAUCCCCCUGGACUGGGAUUUCGGGGUUCUCUCUAGUGCAGAUCGGGUGCUCAUGGGUCCCAAACCUCAGCAUGUUCGUGCAGAAGAGACUGCAGUGUAUGUGGCAGUCAGGGUCCGGCCACUGCUGCCAAAGGAGGUUCUGCACGGUCAGCAGUCCUGCGUCCAUAUUGACCCUGAUCAGAAGACACUGACGCUUGGCACCAAUAGACAUUUUCAGUUUCAGGAUGUGCUGGAUGAAGCCUGCAGCCAGGAGAGUGCUUACAAUCGCUGUGUACAGCCAUUGCUUGAAUCGUUUUUUCAGGGCUUCCAUGUUACUGUGGUUGCCUAUGGGCAGACUGGGUCAGGGAAGACCUAUUCCAUUGGGGAAGCGAGUAUAUCUUCUAUCUCAGAUGAUGAGCAAGGCAUUAUUCCACGUGCCAUGGCCGAAAUCUUUAAACUGGUUGAUGAAAAUGAUCUGAUUGACUACACAAUUCGAGUGUCUUACCUGGAGGUGUAUAAAGAGGAGUUCCGAGACCUCCUGGAAGUGCAGACAUCUAGUAAAGACAUUCUUAUAAGAGAGGAUGAUAAAGGCAAUGUUGUGUUGUCUGGAGUGAAGGAGACAGAAGUGGAAGGACUUGAUGAAGUGCUUAGUCUACUAGAAAUGGGCAACACUGCUAAACAUACAGGAGCUACUCAAGUCAAUACUCAGUCUAGCCGCUCGCAUACAAUCUUCACUGUCACAAUGGAACAGAGGAGAGUAGUUGGCCGAGUCACCAAAAUGACCCUUGGUGAGGAUGGCCCUGGUCUAGCAAUUGGCCAGGUCCUGUCUUCCAAGUUCCACUUUGUAGACUUGGCUGGUUCUGAACGUAUACUGAAAACAGGCAAUACUGGAGAGAGGCUAAAGGAAAGUAUUCAGAUCAACUCCGGAUUGCUAGCCCUGGGUAAUGUAAUCAGUGCUCUUGGGGACCCCAAGAGGAAGGGGAGCCAUAUCCCAUACAGAGAUUCCAAGAUCACCAGGAUCUUGAAGGAUUCCCUUGGAGGAAAUGCCAAGACUGUUAUGAUUUGUUGCAUAAGUCCUUCAGCAUCAGACUUUGACGAGACUUUGAACACUCUAAACUAUGCCAACCGCGCGCAGAAUAUUAAGAACAAAGCAACGGUCAACUGCAAGAAAGAUGCCGAGCGUGUGGAAGACCUGCAGCAUCAGAUAAAGUCACUGCAACGUGCGCUCGAGCAGAGACACAGAUCAGAAACGCGAAUACUGAAUAGAUUUGACCCUUCCAAGUGUGCAGCCCGAAGGUCUACAGAAGAUCAUGUGUCCCGGCUAAUGGCAGAGUGUGCACAUUACAGGACUUGUACAGACACAGGUUACCUCCUUCUUAUGGACCUUCUGUCAGAGAGAGGGCUGUCUCCCUCUCAGGCCCAGAGGGUGAGGGACUGGAUGUGUUCUGUAGAAGAGGAAAGGAGUGAAGUGACAUCAGCUUCAGGACUAGACAGUGGAAUCGAGAGCUCUUCUGUGGAGGAACCCACAAAAGAAAUCAGAAGACCAACCAAAGGCAAGGAAACGUUACGUUUUGAAAGUGACACCGAGAAGGACAAAUGCAUUGAAACGUUGAAGAAUAAAAUCCAGAGGUUGGAGGAUGAGAAUAGAGACUUCUUGGCUGCUUUGGAAGAUGCCAUGGAGCAGUACAAAAUUCAGAGUGAUAAACUGCAAGAAAGACAAGAUGAAAUUGCCCAGUUGCAGUCCCAUCUGGAGCAGUUGAGGCCUGGUCUGUCCGUCACGGCUCUGCUGAAAGAUGUACAUUUACUACAGAUGGGGGCAAGGCCGAGUACGGCUCCUUUGGUUGCAAAGCCUUCACUCACAACGGGUCCGCAUAGAUUUCUAUACGGCAACUGUUUACAAGCCACGCAGAAGAAGAUUUCAGAAAGUGUUGCUUCUUUGUCUAAGGAGCUUACAAGGAACUUUCAAUCUGGAACCCAGAAACUGGUGUCCAGCAUGGAGGAGGCAGACACAGUGCUGUGCAGACACUUCAGUGAGGACUCCGAUCCAUCAGGAGAGUCAGAGGAAGAGUCAAAGGAGAAUGAGGAGUUUGAGAGGGAAGCUAACCAGUCUCUCCCUCCAAACAGGUGUAAAAGGCUGUCCAAAGGGGAUGUAAAAAAUGUAGCUCGGCGGUAUCAAACACCUGUUCAAGACAGUGAGGAUGAAGAGGAUACCUUGCUAGACAGAAACUCCUCUGGAUCUCAAGCUAAGAUAGAACACUAUGUACCAAGAGAGAGUUCUGGUCCAGGAAAGGACUCCAAGUGGAGACUGCGUCAAGCUGAGCAGAAGAUCCGGGAGCUGGCUAUCAACAUCCGCAUGAAAGAAGAGCUUAUUAAAGAGCUGGUAAAAACUGGUAGAGAAGCUCAAGCUAUGAAUAAGCAGUACUGUAUGAAGAUAUCUGAGCUGGAGGCAGAGGCAGAACAGGCGCGGAUGGAAGUUAGCGAGAACCAGCGCCAGCUGCAGGAGCUCGAAGGGAAAGAGACUCGAGAUCCAGUUGAAAAAUGCAAGGUGCAAGAGUGCCGCAAGAAGAUAGCCGCUGCUGAGAGCAAAGUGCAGGUUCUUAAAGAGAAGAAACAAGCAACAGAAAAAUUGGCUUCACUCCCUGUCCAGAGCGUGAGACGUGUUCAAGAACUCGAGAAAAACAUCUUGCAAAUGAAACAGCAGCAAGGACAGCUACAAAAGAAGCUGAAAGAAGAGACCGAUCAGAAGCGGCGUCUUGAGAGUGAGAUGCAGAAAAGAAGACACAGGGUGAAGGAGCUGGAGUUGAAGCAUGAACAACAACAAAAGAUACUGAGGAUCAAAACGGAGGAAAUUGCAGCUUUUCAAAGGAAGAGAAGAAGUGGGAGCAAUGGAUCAGUUAUCAGUCUGGAGCAGCAGCAGAAAAUUGAAGAGCAGAAAAAAUGGCUGGAUGGUGAAAUUGAUAAGGUGCUUGAGCAGCGCCGUGCCUUGGAUGAGUUAGAAGAGGAGCUCAAGAAAAAGGAAGGUAUAUUGAUUAAAAGAGAAGCACUCCUACAGGAGAAGAAUGAUUUGGAGAUCAAAAGGCUUCGAUCCAGCCAGGCUUUGAGCAACGAUAUUGUCAGGGUGUCUAGCCGCAUUGAAGAUUUAGAGAAGGAGUUGUCAGAAAAAAAUGGACAGCUUCGCCAAGGCAGCGCUUGUGACCAGCAACGUAUACGAGAUGAAAUCAACAAUCUGAGACACGAGAAGGAGCUGCUGUUAAAGCAGAGGGUGGACAUAGAUGAUAAGCUGCGCCAAGGCAACCUACUUUCGUCUGAGGAAGAGAGGAUCCUGUUCCAGUUGGAUGAGGCCAUAGAAGCGCUCGAUGCUGCAAUUGAAUACAAGAAUGAAUCCAUUACUCGCAGACAGCGGGUUCUCCGUGCCUCCGCCAGCCUGCUCUCCCAGUGUGAGAUGAACCUCAUGGCAAAGCUUAGUUAUCUGUCGUCUUCGGAAACUCGGGCUCUGCUCUGCAAAUAUUUUGACAAGGUAGUUACACUGCGUGAGGAGGAGCACAAAUUACAGAUUUCCUUCUCAGAGCUGGAAAUGAAGUUGGAGGAGCAGCACCAGCUGGUAUGCUGGCUUGAGGUUGCGUUGGAACGGCAACGCCUAGAAAUGGAUCGUCAGCUUACCUUGCAGCAAAAGGAUCAUGAACGCAACAUACAACUCCUGCUGAAACAGUGUCAAGACCAAAUGGGUGAGGGGCUGGCUGGUAGCAAGAGACAGUAUGAAGGUAGAAUACAGAUGCUUGAGAAGGAACUUGGCUGGUAUAUGUGGGCACAUCAGGAGCUGAGUCAAAGACUAAAUAAAAUGGCUGUUAAUCCUCAAGGAACCCAUGGGAAAAGUGAUGGAAGAACUCUUCCCAGCAGCACAGAUAGACGAGUCUCCUUAGUUGGUUCAACAGAAGAGCAAAGCAAUGUUGCUGUAGACCUAAAUAUUCAGGCUCCUGACCGAAACCUGAGGCCAAGGGAAGAUUUGAUACAUGUCCCUUUACCACCCACAUGGAGACGUUCCUCACUGCCUUCUGAGGAACAGACUGCUCUAGAGGAUCUUAGGCACCAAGAAACUGUCAUUGAAACACUGAAUCCCAGAGUGGUACAGCCAAGCGAAGCUGUUUGUCAGAGAACUCUUAUGUUCCAUCCAAAGGCUCGGAGAGAUGUUCGUAGAUGUAACAUAAGUGUCAUGCCUUUCAUGUCUAAUGUUGAGAUGAUUGAUGUGCGGAAAAACCCACUUUAGCCCUGUACAAGUGUGAAGGUACUCACUGCAGUAGAGGGCUACAGACUGCAUAAAACCACUGAGUAUUUGUUGGGAGUGUUUAGGGUUAAGUAAUAUAUAGUUAUCCAGUGUUCAAAGUUGCAGAUGCAGUUCAUAUAUUGUGAUUGAUCAUUAUGGACUUCUCAUCGCAUGUAUGGAUUCCCGGUGGCUGCAGGGUACUGAUACUUUGGAUUUUUUUGCAUUUGUAUUCUCUUUACUUAGCACUUUCCUGACAUUUGACGUAUAUUUACGACAUGGAGCGUGGAGUUGGGUCGGCAGCUGAACUCGUUCCAUACACUCAGUGCUGGCUGUGUUGUACAGCUGACACACGCCUACAGCGAUGAGGAUCAGAGAUAACUCUGAUCCCAGUUAUUUAACCCAUGGGAUGCCACCUUGAGACCCGCAUCUUAGCAGAGUGAGCUCCCUCUAUACGCCACUGAACGGCUCCCCCCCCCCCCCAGCAGCGAAAUCGCAGCAUGCCAACCGGUUGUCAUGGCAGACUGGGGCCUUUAUGAAAGCUCCCAGGCCAGUUAUGGUAAUCCCCCUUCUGACAGGGAUUCAGCUGGUUCUCUUUUUGCAAACCCUUAUCCACAGGAUAGAGGACAAGUGUCUGAUCAGUGAGGGUCUGACCACCACUGGGACCCCAGACUGAUCACAAGAAUGUGUGUGUUG